AGUGUGAAUAAGAAAGCAGCUCCUCCUUCCUCCUCCUCCAGCUGUCUGCUGACCGAACAGCACGGAGGUACCAUUCCGCCGCACAGACGCGUCCCGGUGCGGAUCUAGCUCCUCUGUGCCUCCUCGGUGACUCCCCCGCUCUUCCGUCAUGCUCUCCCCGGGCCUCCUCGUGUCUCUCCUGGCCUCGUCCCUCGCUCUGGGUCCCCUCGCGGUCCAUGCCGCGUCCUGUGAGUCCGUUCGGAUCCCGCUGUGCCGCUCCAUGCCGUGGAACAUGACCAAGAUGCCGAACCACCUCCACCACAGCACGCAGGACAACGCGGUGCUGGCCAUCGAGCAGUUCGAGGGUCUGCUGGGUACCGGCUGCAGUCCAGACCUGCUCUUCUUCCUCUGUGCAAUGUACGCUCCUAUUUGCACCAUCGACUUCCAGCACGAGCCAAUCAAACCCUGUAAGGCAGUUUGCGAGCGAGCCAAGCACGGCUGUGAGCCAGUGAUGAAACGUUAUAACCAUAGCUGGCCUGACAGCCUUGCCUGCAGCGAGCUGCCGCUGUAUGACCGUGGAGUCUGCAUCUCACCUGAAGCCAUCGUCAAGGCAGAGGGACCAGAUCCAUACUACCAAGAUCCAGCCAGGUGUAACCCAGAAUCCAGUCCAGACUUUCCGAUGGACUCCAACAACCUUCACUGCAGAGGACCUAAUGGAGAUCGCUGCAGAUGUAAGAACGUCAAAAUGGCCCUGAGAACCUACCUGAGGAACAACUUCAACUACGUGAUCAGAGCAAGGGUCAGGGAGGUCAGGAACCGCGGUCUGGAGCCCACGGCGGUGGUGGAGGUGAAGGAGGUGCUGAAAUCAUCACUGGUCAACAUUCCCAAAGAGGCUCAGACGCUCUACUACUCUUCCUCCUGUCUGUGUCCUCCUCUGUCCCCCGGGGAGGAGUACCUCAUCAUGGGCUACGAGAAUGAGGAGACAUCCCGGUUGCUGCUGAUUGAUGGCUCUAUUGCUCAGAGGUGGAAGGAGAAAUUGGGCAGGAAGGUCAAGAGAUGGGAUCAGAUCCUGCAGGGGAAAGGACGAGGAGCUCAGCGCCGGAAUCGCCACUAAGACCUGACUGUGUGUGCGUUAGUGUGUGUUGAAGUGUGUGUGCAUGGCUGUGUGUGUGUUUGUAGAUAUUGCACUAUGACAGGAUGUUGUAGCUGAAUGUAGUUCAUCUCUUCAUCAUUCAGACCGACUGGAGUCUGAUUUUUGUCUUUUAUAUUCUUUGCACAAACAUUAUAUAGUGUGCGUUUAGAGUGUGUGUAUGUGUGUGAUGUGUGUGUGAUAUGUGUUUGUUCACCUAAAGCACUCGAGGUGAUGGAGCGUCAGAGCUGCAGUUAGAAACACAGCCGUACCGUAUCUACUCCACACGGAACAAACCAUUCCGUUGCGGCCAUGUUGGCGGUCCCAGCCUGCAAUAAUCCUGGAUGAUGAAGGACAUUUUGACUUGAUCAUGAAGGACAAUGAAGGAUCUGUAAGCAUGGCCUUCACCCACAGAGCUGUGCUAUAAAGGGAAGUGAUUCUCUGUUAAAGCAGCAAGAAGAGCAAUAAGAGAAACUGCAACUGGAGCAAUAAGAGCAACGCAAAUCAAUGAGUUUGAUCAGUUUCUGAUGUUAACUACAUGAUCCAUUUAUCAUCGGGGCUAUUGUUGAAGACAGAGGAAUACUGGACUAGAUUUUACUUUUUAAAACGUAUUUUAUUGCAGGUUUUAUUAUUUUGCAGUGGCACAUCUAGACUUUAUGUUGACAUUAGCUUUCAGACGUCUUUGUUGACUUAGCUAAGGCCUGAGAUAUUCUCACUUUGUAACCUUACUUUUGCACAACCAGCUGCAUCAUGAACACAUCUGAUCUGCCCCAAGUAUUCUGAUAGAUAUGUUUGUCGCUCUGCAGUCACUAUGAGGCAUUGUUCACAUGUGGAUGAGAGCAGAUUGGGUUUAUAAGCUUGGAUAACUGGAUACCGAGUUGACUGCGCUUCAGUAUGUGUUUACACUUUACAAUCACACUGACCCUGAUAGAAUCUAACCUGACACGCCAGAUGGAUGUGUGAAACACAUCCAUCUGGUAAACCUUCGAUAUACAGUGUUUGAGAGAAGGCAGAGCCUUUGAAAAAAACUCAGAGGAUGAUUGGAUGAACAUUCUGUCUGUCACAUCUUUACGGGCCAAUCAGAGCAACAAAACAUGUGGCGUCGUCGCCGCGACGGAAGUGCGCGUGCACAGCUACCGAGGAAUAAACUCCUCGUCCCUGACUUUUCCUGUCACUUUCUAACUGGGCCCAAACGGUUCAGACGGGAGCUUUGCAAGAUGGAUUCCCCAGUGAGAAACAAGGAGACAGGCGUAUCCAUCUGCUUUGCAAGGUUUGAUAGAAUAUGCAUUGGAUGAGAUAGAAAUCUGAUUUGGGCAUGCAUGUGGGAAACCUCAAUGCUUUGUGUGGAUGCAUCUCAAAGGGUACUGAAACAGUCCAGACUGCAGACUGACAGAGGUCUGAGGUUUCUUUUGUGCAGACACAUGUAUUAGCAAGCAUUAAAGACCACCCUGUCAGCUGAUGUUGUCAGCUAUAUUCUGUUGGUAAACAGGAGGAAAGGCUUUAUAUAUGUCCAUCCAGCCUCACUCAGAGUGAUGGGAAUGUGGUUCUUUUUGGAGACUGUAAGUUCCAUUAAUAUUUAAGGUAUAACUUAUAUAUUGCAGCUACUUCUCAAAGGGUGUAUAGUCUUCCACAAAAACGAAGCCAUGCUUUUGUUCACUGGCAGAAUACAGCAAAUCACAUCAGCUGAUGGGUAAUAUGCGCCAGUAUACGUUUCCACUACACAACCAGUCCUGUCCAGGUUAAAACCCAGACCACCACUGUAUCAAUCGGAGCAAUCAGAUAUGUAACUGCUUUGAGGUGCAUCCACAUAAAACAUAAAGGAUUAUCUUCUGGUGUCUGAAUGCCCCAGUCUCUCUGCAUUUAUGCUGCCCCCUACUGGUCAUGAUCAUCUGCAUCGUGACUAUGCAGCGUUCAUUUUUGGAGCUGAUGCUCCAAACAGACACGGGAUGCUGGGCAGCUGUUGUGUGCACACGUUUAUGCAUUUUUAUAAGUGAGUACAUCUCAGACCUUCAGCUUAAAAACAGCAGUUAUUAGUACAAUAUAACACUAGUAGGCUUGUUUUUUUACAUAUAUCUUCUAACUAUCAUCAGCUGUAAUCAGUCAUGUUUCUGCAAGUUCAAGAGCAAAGGUUGAUGUUGAAAAUGAAUUUUAGGACACACUGCAUGUUUGGUUAAUGUAUGCAAUGACUUAAAAAGGUUGAGGACAGUCACAUUUCCCUUCAUAAGAGGGGCUACAAUAAAAAAGUUUUAUGAUGAUAA